GCCGAGGAGCGCUUCCCGGACCCGCGAUGGCCGCCGCGCCGACCGACGCGCAUCGGCGCUUCCUGCAGGCGCUGCUGGCGCGCGGCAUCGUGGAGGAGCCCGAGGCGGAGCGGCUGCGCCGGCUGUGCUGCGAGCGGCACCAGGUCGGUUACGUGGACGAGCAACUGGAUUAUUUCAUCCGUGCCCUGAAUGUACGGCUGCAGCCUUUAUCCAUGGAGAUCAGGAAAGGCACUGCGGAAGAAAAUAGGAAAACGUACUUUGCCCUGGUGAAUCUGGCAGAAACAGACAUUACCAAAAUGGCAAGCGACUUCUCUGAAAACGAGCUAGAGCUGUUCAAAAAGACAAUGGACCUGAUCCUGCUGUCUGGGAAUGGCUUUGCAUCGUCCACCGAGAUCUUAAAUUUGGCUGACCAGUUGAAGCCAAAGAAAAUGAAGAAAAUGGAAGCGGAGCAAGUGCUUCAACAGCUGGUGCAGAAAAAGUGGCUUCAUGAGAAAGAAGGGGAAUACACCCUGCACACCCGUAGCAUCCUUGAACUGGAGCAGUACAUCUUCCGCCAUUACCCAGAAUCUGCCCAGAAAUGCCACAUCUGCCACAGCCUUUCUGUUCAGAAGCAAGCGUGUGAAGACUGUGAGAUUGUGGCACAUUGGUCUUGCCUUUCCACAUACUUCGACGCACAGCCAGAGCAACGUUGCCCUCACUGCAAACGGCUGUGGCCUCACAAGGUUCCAGCUGCAGAACUUGGCCCACCCAACCGCCCGCCCUUGAGUGCCAGGAGGACGACCUCCAGGAUGGGCCCCAGGCAACAGCACUAGUGGCCCUCUGACCUCUCAGGAGACAUGGAGGAGCAGGUUCUUUCUCUGGGCAAUGUGGUGGCCAUGCGGGGGUUGGUGCUAAAAUGGCAAAACUGCUGCUGCUCUUAAUCAGGAGCUCCUCUGCCCCCCGCCCCCCAUUCCUUUCUUUCUGCCUUGAGCACUGCCUGGGCCACCAGCCUGCCUCCCAUUUACUGCUUAUGAAGUGCUGUCCCCAACAUUUCUCCUUUAUUUUAUGAAGGAAGCUACUACAGGCUGGGCUCUGUCCCACUUAGCACCACUGGGACACUGCUCAGUACCUCUCUGCUCCCCUGGCGGGCUGUCCCUGCCUCUCCCCAAAAGCGACUGUGUUUUGCUGCACCACCACUCACCCCCUCUGAAUUUGUGGGGCUUGUGGAUCCAUUAAGAGGUUUUCAAUUUCCUCACAUGCCUCGCCCAAGAGCUGAUCCCUUGGGGACUGUGCAGGAUGACUUGCGUGUCUGUGGCUGCGAGUGGCCUGAGAUCUUCUACUGAGAAAUAAACUUGGUACUGAAUAUCCCAAAGUUUGUCAUUCCAACGCGUUUGGAAGUUGAAGGACCCUGAAGGCGAGAUUAUUCUGCUUGCUGCCUCUUUGGACAGGUGUGCUUUUCCUGGAUCAGCCAUGGCACUCUGGCUUGUGCCAAUUCUUUGUCUUGGAAUGGCUCUUCUGUUCUCAGCAUAAGCUAGGACCACCAGAAGCUAACAGAGAAACUGGUGUCCAGGGCUCGAACAUAGUGCCAGUAAUUGGCUGGGAUAAACAGAACCUGUCCAGGGCUCAAGACACAGUCCUGAAAGGCAGCUGCUUGGAACUUAGGAAAUUUUAUUAAGUUGGGGUCUUCCACAUCGACCUGCAAAAGAAAGGUCUCUCUUAGAUCAUUGGAUUAGACACCUUAAGAAGUGUAAGAACACAUUUCCUACACCAUCAGAAAAUGGGGAAGGAAUAGGUCAUUGUCCUGAAGCACAGUGCAAAGGCUCUUUGGGCAGCCAGAUUUAAGAAUCGCAGUGGAACAACUGAGCAGCCAUUGCUUCAGAAGCUGCAGGUGUCACCCACCUGGCUGGUAUUGUGCAGAAGGUGGCCUUCAUGCGGAUACAGUUUUUCAGACUGAUCAGGAGAAUACAGGCGAAUGUAUUUGCGCCCCAUCACCUGAAAAUGGGAAUGUGAAAAGUUAACUGCCUGCAUGAUGGGUAGUUGUACUUCCAUCAUUUGCCCACCCUUCUCUCAUUCAGACAUUCCAGACCAUGCCCUGGAAUAUCUGAUCGCGACAGGGGAUAGCAUCAGAUUUCUUCACACUCUUACAGUAGAAGAAAAGCCAUUGACAGUAUCUUUUUCUGCCAAUUCACAGGCCAGAAGUUAGCAACCUGCCACAAAGGCAUUUGGCACACCUAACAAAUAUCUCCAGAUGCCCCAUCAAUGCUUUAGUCCAGUUGAGACAGUGGGAAAUGCUCUCUUCUUUGGUGAUGCCAGAAGUUGGGUACAGAUGGUGGCCCAGAGCAAAGUGUUGCCCCCAUAUAUUACUGUACUGGAAGAAAAAUGACAAGGUGUCACCAUAGUUUCUGCCCUGGCAAGAGCUUCUGAAGGAUGUAAAGAACAAACCUGGACCAAGAAAUUUUGUUGUGGAUCCUGGUGAAGAGGUGAGAUGGUCCCUGCUGGACCAAACCAGGCAUUGAUGGUGAUCUUCUCUUCAUCAUCUUUGCCCAGGCAACAAUAGUCUGGGAUGCCAAUGUCUUGCUUCAGCUCUGGGAUCUGGCAAUGGCCCAUCAGAAAUAAAAGUCAAGAAUGUAUCC